UGAUUUUGCAUUUCCGGGAGGGCUGCUUUGUUUACUAACAGUCGUCCUCCCUGUCAGCUCAGGCACACUGCUAUGGAUGGCUGUGCACAGCACAGCCAUCCAGAGCAGCGUGCUUUUCAGUGAAGCACCAACACAUAGUCCCCCAAUAAAACACUCCCUACAGAUAGUUAACCCUUUGAUUGCCCCUCAUGGUAACCCCUUCCUGCCCAGCGCCAUAAGUACAGUGUCAGUGCUUUUUCUUUUUUAGCACUGCUCACUGUAUUGGUGUCACUGGGGAUGUCAGGGACACCAAGUCAGUUCCCCCCCAAUGUCAGAAUGCCCGCCACAGUCCCGCUAUAA